AGCCGGAGACGUCAGACGCUAAGGUUGCUUAGGUUGCGGCCCGCGUGGAAGGCUCUCCUCAGCCACCCUGUCCGGCCCGAGGGAAUCGCGCAAGUGACGCUUUUUCUGCAGCAAUGAUAUAUACCCCGCCGAGCUGUCCGCGUCCUGGUUGGGACCUCUUGGUUUCGCUUGGCUGGGCUCAACCCAUCCCGUACGCCUCCGCCCUUCCCUCUUUGCGUGCCCCUGCGGAUUCAGCGAAUCCGCUGCAAGAAGCCCUGCAUCCGCCAGGUGAGCGGCUGUUGGCGGCGCUGCCGGGGUUGGCGGCUCCCGCGGGUUGUCUACGCCGCGGGGCCUACGUCUCCGUCAGGCGUGCACCUUGGGAGCCACACCUGGGGCCCGGAGCCACCGCUCAGCACGCGGGCACGCGGCGGGAGGGAAGGAAACCGCGGCGCUGGGGAUGGAGAGGGGGAAAGUGAAGAAGAAAGAGAAGGAAAAGGAGACGGAGAAGGAGAAAAUCAGAGAAAAGGGAAAGGAAGAGAAAGUGAAAAGAAAGGAGGUGGAGCAGAAAAUUAAAGAAAAAGAAAAGGAGAAGCAAGAGAAGCAGGAGAGGAGAAAGAGAAAAGAGAAAGAGGAAAAAAGGACAAAGCAAGGGAAGGAGACAAAGAAAGAGAAGGAACAAUUUAAGGGACAAGAAGAGGAAGGGGAGAACAAGGACAGCACCUUGACAAGGACCCCGCUCGAGCCGCUGGAGAAAAACAAGCAAAUCCUAGUGCUGGGCCUGGAUGGAGCAGGAAAAACCAGUGUCCUCCACUCUCUAGCUUCAAACAGAGUCCAGCAUAGUGUGGCACCCACCCAAGGUUUCAAUGCAGUUUGCAUCAACACUGAAGAUGGCCAAAUGGAGUUCCUGGAGAUUGGUGGCAGUGAACCUUUUCGGUCCUACUCGGAAACGUACCUAUCCAAGGGAUUGCUGCUUAUCUUUGUGGUGGAUUCAGCAGAUCACGGCCGAUUACCUGAAGCCAAGAAAUACCUUCAUCAGCUAAUUGCGGCAAACCCAGUACUUCCUCUGGUUGUGUUUGCAAACAAACAGGAUCUGGAAGCAGCCUAUCACAUUACAGAUAUCCAUGAAGCUUUGGCAUUAUCUGAAGUGGGAAAUGACAGGAAGAUGUUCUUGUUUGGAACCCACGUGACUAAGAAUGGCUCAGAGAUACCAUCCACCAUGCAAGAUGCCAAAGACUUGAUUGCACAGCUGGCUGCAGAUGUGCAGUGACCAGGACUCAGCCCACUGUGCGGCUCACGACUGAAAUGUCAUCAGUGUUGAAUGGCAGGCUUGAAGCCAAAGGUUUCCACUUUCAAAUAAAAAUUAAGCCAUUUCCUAUUUUCUCAA